AUGGCGAAUUUCAUGUUGCAGCUUUACAAGAUAGACUUCGAUCGGUUUGGCAGAUUGCCAACCGUGAAAACAAGAUCCCCUGCGCCCAGUCGUCCGCUCACAUGGAAGGCACAUGAGAUAUUAAGAAUAGAAGGUGCGAAUACUUUCGAUAAUCGAGCCGAUGGUUUCUCUACGACCAGAGAAUAUUUUAAAUACGUUAACAGUCAAGACUGGCAACAACUACGGGUUCAACCAAAUUCGAUUGCGGGCCCGCUGAGUGCAAAAUCGAGAUACACAGCCUUGAAGGUAUUGGAGACUUUGAUUCCUGAAUUAACCAAUACCACUUAUGACCGCGGUCCGUUCAAGCUUAUAUGCGACGAUUUUGGCCUUGGGAAUGUCAUCGCGCAAAGUAAGCAUGACCUUACCAUUACGGGGGUAGUCGACAUGGAGGGGGUUUAUGCAGGGCCAGCUCAAUUAUUUGGCUCUGCUCCCUGGUGGCUUCUCAUGGAUCGGCCUGUCAACGAGGAAUGGGACUUUGAACAGGGUGAUGCCCCGAAAGCCACUGAUCGCUAUUUCAAAUAUUUGGAGAAUUUUGUACGUGUGCUAUCAGAGGAGGAGGCUAAGAUGACGGCAAAUGGUCGGAAAGAACUCACCGAGCUGGUGAAAUGGUCCACGGAUUCUGGCGCCAUGUGGCUCCAUAUGCUUUUGUCAAGCGGCUGUUUUUUGACGCACCCACCUUUCCUUGAUACAGAGAAAGUAGAGACAUUCGUUGCAAGCAAGCUGAACGACUUGACAGCGUAUGACAAGAUCACGGAUAAGGUGGAAGACUUCAAAGCCCUCAUGGACAACAAGGAGAUAACAACAGUGGAGCUUAUUAAUCUUGCUUCCUCUCUUCUCAAAUCUGGUCAACCGAUGUGCCCAGACUGA